AUUCUUUACUGCACUUUUUGACAUCCCUCACCCAUCCCAGCUCCCCAAAUUUUCAUUCCUGUCUUUUCGACAUGAACAUCGUUACUUUCCUACUUUUCGGAAUAUUUCCACUUUCAGCUGCAAUUUCUCCAAUUAACCUGGAGAAUUGUAAUCCGGGAAGUUAUUUUGUGGAAAACUAUAUCAAGUACCAAUGCUAUCAAAGUGGAAGUGUAAAGGGUUACAAUAUUGCUGGAUGCCAACCAUCGAAUGAUCUCACCGGUGUCACUUUGCAACAGUGGGAGACCCACAACGAAAAAUGGUUCAAGUAUCACUGUGUAAUUGAUGGAACUAAUGCUCAGUACUCUGUGAAGACCUGCCUCGACCCCGUAGGAGAAGUUCUACCAGUCGGAAAAACCCGCUCGUUCCCAGAUGGAGAAACAUUUACAUGCUUCAUAGAACGCAACAAGGUCAAGCUGAAUCACCAAACAACUGCUGGAUGUCAAGUCGGCGAUCAAGUUUAUGGAGAUAGAGCUACAUGGAUUGAUAGACGAGAAGAUGUUAUCAUUAUUGGCUCAGAGAACAAAGUUGUUGGAAAGGGAUCUACCAUGCAAUGCAAAAAAUCGGAAAAUGGCUCAUUUGUUGUAGAAGUUGCAGCCUGCUUAACUGCAGAGAACACAUACAUUCGACCAGAAGAUUUCGGAACUGUAGACGAUGCAGUUGUCAAAUGUGCAAUGGUUGAGGGGAAGUGUGUGCUGAGAAAAGCUGAAGUCACUGAACUCGGAUGCAGACACAAUGGAAAAGUAUACAGGCACAAUGAGGAAUGGAACUCGGAAGAUGGUGCCACGGUUUAUGCAUGCCAAUUCGGGAAAGUGGAGAAAGAAGGAUGCCUUGUUGGAAAUUACCUUAUUCCAUUGUAUGCAAUUCGCUACGUUGAUGGAAACGCUUUUUAUUGUUUUCAAGGAACACAAGUUCGAUCAUUCGGAGAUUUGAAGGGCUGCACAACAACAUCCGGCGAUAUCAUCCAAUUUGAAAAUCGUGCUAGAAACGGAGACCGCCUGGAAUCCUGUGGGUUUAGCAUUAAUCGAGAUGGAACUGUCGAGUUUAAGUGGACACAAGUCGGGUGUAUUUAUUCAAAGGAAAUGAUAACGGUAAAUGCAAUUCAACAAUUUGGAGACCAAUACGUGCAUUGUGCUUUGAAUGGAACUGCUGGGUAUAUCGUAAAAAUGAUGACAAGAGAAGAAGUGGAGAAGUGGUUGACAGCGACUAAACAGCAGUGGAGCAAUAUUGUUUCAGGGAAAGAUGGAAAGGGAAAUUCUGUAAAACGAGAAGUUCCAACAACACCUCUACCUACAACUACCACCACUACUACCACAACUCCUAAGCCAACAACCACUACAACAACCACUACAACUCCAGCACCAACUACUACUCAAAAACCAACUACUACCACAACUACCCCAGCCCCAACUACAACCAGCACUACUUCAAUUCCAACUACCAUUGCAACGACAACUGCUGCUCCUUUGAAGAAGUGCACCGAUUUUGUGGAAGAUUGUGACAAGUUAAGAAUCUAUUGCCAUACGGAGGCAGAAAAUGCAAAGUUUUUGAAAGAAGCAGUGAAGAAGUUCUCGACGAAUCCGAAAAAUAGAUCGAGAAUGUUGGAAUUCAUAGAUCAUGUUUUCUUGGAAGAACAAGAACCUGCACACCAGAAAGAACAAAACAAAGAACAGGAUUGCCCAAUAAACUCGAAAUCUUGUGAAAAGUGCUCUCACUCCAAGUGUGAAAAAUGUGCAAAACACCCUCAUCACCAUUGUAAAUGUGAAGAUCAGAAAGAGUUUAAUAGAAAAAUUGUGAGAGCGUUGUGCCCAAAAACGUGCGAUAUUUGCAACGAAACACAUCCAUCGGUUUCAACGAUUUUGUCAACUAGAAUUUCUGGAGCUUGCCUGAAACCACAGUGUGAAAUUUAAUUUAAUCUUUGAUGUGGGAUGUUUUGUAGACUUUAAUUUAAAGUAAUGGAUCAUAAAUAGUUUUUUUUUCGCAUAAAAAUUUUGCAAAAUAUU